UUGUUUAUAUAGAAUGGAUUUUUAAAAUUUCGACGAAUUUUAAAUAUAAAUUACAUUAUUUACAGUAAAAUUUAUAAAAACCUCUGAUAUUUUUUUAUGGAGUGAUUAUUAGAAUCAUUAUGAAACUUCUAAAAUGCUAACAAAAGGUUAUCAAAAACUUAGGUUUUCACUUUAGCACCUUUUUAUCAGUUUUAAUUGGAAUGAAAAUGGAAAUUUCAUUCGUUAUAUCAUCUCUUAUUGUUUAUGGCAGUGUCGCGGCCGCAGUUUUACUUUUUAUCAUAGCAUUAUCAAUAUAUUUAACAACAAAACCAUUCCCAGUAUUGGAGAGGUUUAAAGAAGAAGAAACUUAUAAUGAUCCUGCAUCGAAGGCGAGGAUUAAAUUUCCAAAACUUGAAGAUCCACAGAGUGUGCAUUUAAGUGUGAUUGUGCCAGCGUACAAUGAAGAGGAAAGAUUGCCACCGAUGUUGGAUGAAGCUUUAGAUUUUCUGGAAAAUAGAAUCAAACAGCACUCAUCAUACAAAUAUGAGAUCAUCAUAGUGAGUGAUGGAAGUAGGGACAAUACUGUGAAAUUAGCAGAGGGUUAUGCAGAGAAGUAUGGCAGUGACAAGAUUAGAUGUUUGGAGUUAGUCAAGAAUAGAGGCAAGGGUGGUGCUGUUAGACUGGGUAUUUUGAGCUCUAGAGGGGCCACUAUACUCUUUGCAGAUGCAGACGGAGCGUCAAAGUUUGAAGACUUGGUUAAACUAGAAGCAACCCUCAAGGAAAUCACUAAAUAUGAUCCCAUUACCCAACCUCAAGAAACUAGUACCAGUGAGGCAAUAGUCAUUGGAUCUAGGGCACAUUUGGAAAAGGAAUCUUUAGCUACGAGAAGUAUUUUUAGAAAUAUAUUGAUGUACGGCUUCCACUUCCUGGUAUGGCUGUUUACCGUGCAAGGCAUUAAGGAUACCCAGUGCGGGUUCAAGCUAUUUACUCGACGCACGGCUGAUAUGUGCUUCCAGAGCCUGCAUGUGAAUAGAUGGGCAUUCGACGUAGAACUAUUGUACAUAGCACAAAAACUGAACAUUCCAAUUGCUGAAAUUCCAAUCAGAUGGACUGAAAUAGAGGGCUCCAAGGUGACUCCAAUCAUAUCCUGGAUUCAAAUGGGCUGUGACUUGGGCCUCAUAUGGCUAAGAUACAAAAUUGGUGCUUGGAAAAUAAAAUAUAAGAGAACUUAAUUUUUACCUUUGUUUAUAGUCUUAUAAAAGAAUAAUAUAUUAUUGAAUAACUAAA